CUCGCCCUGAGUCACUGCCUGCACAGCUCCGGCCGCCCGGCUCUGCGCCCGAGCCUCCUGGAACGAUAUUUGGAGCUCUUACAAGAUGGCAGACAUUGACAACAAAGAACAGUCUGAACUUGAUCAAGACUUGGAUGACGCUGAAGAAGUAGAAGAAGAAGAAAUGGAUGAAGAAACAAAAAUCAAAGCGCGUCAGCUGACUGUUCAGAUGAUGCAAAACCCUCAGAUCCUUGCAGCCCUUCAGGAAAGACUGGAUGGUCUGGUAGACACACCAACAGGAUUCAUUGAAAGCCUUCCUAAAGUAGUCAAAAGACUGAAUGCCCUCAAAAAUCUUCAAGUUAAAUGUGCACAGAUAGAAGCCAAGUUCUACGAGGAAGUUCAUGAUCUUGAAAGGAAGUAUGCUGUUCUCUAUCAGCCUUUAUUUGAUAAGUGAUUUGAGAUCAUUAAUGCAAUUUAUGAACCUACAGAAGAAGAAUGUGAGUGGAAACCAGAUGAGGAGGAAGAAAUUUCCGAGGAACUAAAAGAAAAGGCCAAGGUUGAAGACGAGAAAAAGGAUGAAGAAAAAGAAGACCCUAAAGGGAUUCCUGAAUUUUGGUUGACAGUUUUUAAGAAUGUUGACUUGCUCAGUGAUGUGGUUCAGGAACAUGAUGAACCUAUUCUGAAGCACUUGAAAGAUAUUAAAGUGAAGUUCUCAGAUGCUGGCCAGCCUAUGAGUUUUAUCUUAGAAUUUCACUUUGAACCCAAUGAAUAUUUCACUAGUGAAGUGUUAACAAAGACGUACAGGAUGAGGUCAGAACCAGAUGAUUCUGAUCCCUUUUCUUUUGAUGGACCAGAAAUUAUGGGUUUUACAGGGUGCCAGAUAGAUUGGAAAAAAGGAAAGAAUGUUACUUUGAAAACCAUUAAAAAGAAGCAGAAACACAAGGGGGGUGGGACAGUUCGUACUGUGACUAAAACAGUUUCCAAUGAUUCUUUCUUUAAUUUUUUUGUCCCUCCUGAAGUUCCUGAGAAUGGAGAUCUGGAUGAUGAUUCCGAAGCCAUACUGGCUGCAGACUUUGAAAUUGGUCACUUUUUACGGGAGCGGAUAAUCCCAAGAUCAGUGUUAUACUUUACAGGAGAGGCUAUUGAGGAUGAUGAUGAUGAUUAUGAUGAAGAAGGAGAAGAAGCUGAUGAGGAAGGGGAAGAAGAAGGAGAUGAGGAAAAUGACCCUGACUAUGACCCCAAGAAGGAUCAGAACCCAGCAGAGUGCAAAAAGCAGUGAAGCAGCUGUCUGGCCUUGAGGACGGCCUACCCUGGCCUACCUUCUGCUUUCCUGGAAAGGAUGGAAUUACAUCAUUUGAACUUAUUUUGAGUUUUUCUCUUGUUUGCCUAAUUUUGUUUUAUAGCCUAAAAUAAAAAUGUCAACAGUUUUAGCCCUCA